GGAAACCCGCCUUCGUACGACACGGACAGCUGACAGCAUUUUACACUUGACAUUACUUGGGAGUGUUGGGUCGGAAACGCAAAAGUUCUUUACUGACCAAAAAUCGAUUAUUUUGUUAUCCCAGAACCAGAUACAACAGGCCACCUCGCUCGCAUAACUUGAUAAUCAUAACAAAAACACGAAAUUAAAACUCAAAAUCGAUGUUUUUGUCUUGUUGCGGCGUUACCUCGUGGCAACAUCUGCGCUGUGAUACGACUUAGCAGAAGCGAUCCAAAUCUGCUGUCUUUCUGUUCUAAAACUUCACUCGUUUUUGGAAUAUUCAAGGUAAGAUUAGAUUCCUUAUGGCUAAUGAGUAAUUUGAAAAGGUGUUCAGCCUUUUUUAUGGUUAGACAAGCGAUCAAAAUACUUUUAAUGUCACAGAGAUUAAUGCGCUCGAAAUAUUUUGUAACUUACCUCUUGAAUAGGUGAUGGCGUAGCAAGUCGAUUAGCUUAAAAUGAAAGCACAUGUAUUUCUUGGCCAAGUUAAGGCAGUCUUAUCGCACUCUUACGUUCGUACAUGGUUUAGGGCCUCAAAUAAAAGCACGAAAUAAUAUAUAUGACAAACCAGUGAGAAAAAGUUAGUGUCAGCAGUCAAAUUGAAAGUAACCUAUGUUCUAAAACUGAUUGCACGGUUUGGGCGUCACUGUCAUCUACUCAUUCAAUGAGUGUUAGGUUUUAGAAUAAUUUGUCCUCGAUAUAUAGCACGGUUUGAAUACUGCUGCCAUGGAGUUCAUCUUCGUUUCAGUGAGGGUUAAUAUUGCAAGUAGAACGCAGUGCGUGACACAAGUUUUUAUCGUGACCUGCGAUGAGUGCCAUUGAAGACUUCUCGGACCGCGUGCGAUUCAACGAAGGCACGAUAUACAUUUUGCACAUUAACAUUUAAAAAAUUCUCCUUUUACUGUUAAACUUUUAUAUAAAAUACUCAAAAGGGACAUCAUUUUUGUAAUAAAAUAAAUUAAUCUCAGCAUAAUGUUGUUUUACAGCCGUGAAAAUGAGUCAAGGUGAAAAACAAAUCUUUUAUGUUUCGACUUUUUAGUUCUCUGCUCUGAAUCAUUUCAAAGAAUAUGAUAAUUAGUCUUCCAUAAUGGCUACUGACAAUUGCAAGUAACUCUGCCCUCUCAAGAAAGUCAGAGUCCGUAGAAUCGAAUAUGGCUGAAGAAAAAACAAUUUAAAACAGGUCGUCAUGUAGUAAAAUAAAGAACUAAAAACAAGAAAUUGAACAAAGAAACCUUGAGAACGUGUGCCCUGCUCUCUGUCUAUUUUAUUUUUUCCUACUGAGAAAACAUUCGGGAAUCUAUUAAUCUUUUAAAUAAUCAACUCGAAGUCUUUAGAAACAGAAAUUUGCCGUAAAUUUUUCGUAAAUUUAACAUUUAAAACUUUAUGAAAAACUGGUUUAAUAAAUAGCUGGGGAGGCUUUGCCAACGAAAAACGGCGAAAAUUUUUACGAUGGUGUGCAGGUGCCAAUUUUGAUAAUUUAUGUUUGGCACAAAGAAUGAUUUCCCUGUGUGAAUUAAUGAAGUUUGCUUUUUUCCCCUUUGUCCUUUUCUGUUUUGACAAAACAUCCAGUGUAUCAUAAUUGGGUUUAGAGAUAAAGCAAUAAAUUAUCAAUGGCGUCGCUUUUGUUUUCGCUAGACACACUUUACUUUGUUGAGUCCGGUCCGCGGAACAGUUGCGAGGGUUUUAAAAUAUUUGAGUUAUGAAUUCGUGGCCAAGAUAUAAAUCUUUUUUUUUUCGUACCGGCUUUCGUCAUUAACAACUUGAAUUCGAUUAGUUGAACAUGACCGCCACACGUUUAUCGCCUGCAACAAUAAGUUUGGCACAAAAGUGGAAAGCAGUUCUUUAUUUAACAUUGAGUCAGUGGUCCAGUUCAAAGUAGACAGACUGCAAAUUAUAGUAGUUGCUAAAAAUUGUGGCCUGUUAUAAUACUAAAUGUAUAUAAAAGCUUUUUGUUCUGUUACAGAUCUACAAACUCAACAACAUUUUCUUCUAAAAUAUUGAGUCAGUGGUCCAAUUCAAAGUAGACAGACUGCAAAUUAUAGUAGUUGCUGAACAUUGUGGCCUGUUAUAAUACUAAAUGUAUAUAAAAGCUUUUUGUUCUGUUACAGAUCUACAAAUUCAACAACAUUUUCUUCUAAAAUUUCCUCUCCUCCUGGUUAAAAAAAAGGAACCCAUGGGCGACAGCCAGGGCGUAGUGAAGUUGGAUUGGAACUUUGAAGGAUGGAGGGACAAAACAAAGGCCAUAAAAGAGGAGAUCAAGCGACAAAGCGAAGCCAAUGAGCUGUUCUUCGUCAAAAAUGCCAAAAAGAUCAAUCUGGCCGAUCUCCAAGAGAGCACUGGUAAUAUAUACACGUUUGGAAUCAUGGGAAUGAGUGGGUCUGCUGUGGUCAAUCUUCUGCGUCACGUGAUCAUGGAAUACCGAGAGAAGGACAGCGGUCCUUUCUACCUCAAGUUUGCCGCUGACAAGAAAUUCAAAGUUGAGCUUAUGCCGACGCCGCUUUUACCCGGAAAUGGCCUGAUAAAAGUUGUCGGGCGAUUAAAAUACUACGAUUAUCCAGAAAUGUGCACUUUGUUGUCCAAAAGCGGGGUGACAAGCAAAGGCCUUGGAGAUAUGUGCUACAAAUUGAACACGAGUGGCAUGAAAUCAGCGCUUUUCAACGCUGUCAGCCCCAUGAACGAACUGCACUUUAUGCUACUUUUCGAAAUCGCGAGGAGGCUGGUGCGAGGUGCAGAUGGGAAGCCAAUCUCGACUGAUCCGCCGUUAGAUCUACUUCCGGUCGGCGUAAUCAUCGGGCGCAUAAUUGAGAUGCUGCGCCUGGAAAAAGACGCGGCACUAAGCUAUGAAAGAUUAUUUGGAGCACAACAGGAGCUAAACUGGUUUACAGAACCCAAUAUCAUCCUGAAGCGGAAGAAGAUGCAAGCCAUCAAUAGUUUGUAUUUCGAAAAGUUUGUGAAGGGGCAGGCUGAUGAAGUACCCUUCAUUCGAAGAUUUCUGGACGAAAACAAAAAUGGAUACAUUAUAAAAACUUUACAGGGCUAUCUUGAUGAGUUAGAGGAAGUAUUUGGCAAAAUGUGA